AUGUCGCUACCAAUCCCUCAAGGCGUUUCGUCUUUGACUUUCAAGCCUCCCCCAGUCGAUGGCUCAUUAACAUUUCCGGAACUAUUUGACUACAAUGCUACUCACAGUCCCAAACACCCUUUAUUUCGUUACGACGAUCCUGAUAAUGGCGGAUUUCGUACUAUCCUUUGGGAGGAAGGAGUUGCCGCCUUUCAUACUGCUGGCUAUUAUUUCAAGAAGCACAUCCACAGUGACGCUCCCGUCACCGUUGGUAUCUUAGCUAAUACUAAUUCGAUCACAUACUUCACGGUAAUGGCGAGCUUGAUGCGUCUUGGGUUCACACCUUUCCCCAUUUCAAUCCGUAACUCAGUCGCUGCUAUUGUCCAUCUCAUGAAAUCCUCGGGCGCCAAGCAUCUGAUUAUCAGCCAGGAUGUAUCCUCACAAAACACAGUAGACGUAGUCUGUCGGCAGCUCUGCGAAGUUGACGUCAACAAUAAGAUCACUACCAUCCCAGUGCCGCAUUUCAGUGACCUCUUUUCUGUGAAACCUGGGGAAUACGAUCCGCUUCCUCCUGUUCGCCCUGCCUGGUCACAAACAGCGCUGAUCAUACAUUCUUCAGGAUCGACUCGUUUUCCUAGUCCCAUUCAUAUCACCCACAAGAACGCAUUGCGGAAUGCCACGAGACCAUACUAUGGAGAAAUGGACGUGUGCGGGGAAGUGUUUGGAGUACAGGCAAUGCCAAUGUAUCACUCGAUGGGUGUCUUUUCACUCUCCUUUUCAACCACGACUGGUGCCAUUGUUGCAUCCUUCCCGCCGGUAGAGCCGCCUUUGAUCCCAACUGCUGAACGUUUUCUAUCGAGCAUCAUCAGUACUAAAACGACUAUAGUCAUCACUGUGCCCUCAUUCCUGGUGGAGUGGGCUCGUGAUCCUAAGGCCAUCGAGGCUCUGAAAUCCACAACUGCAGUGAUGUAUGGUGGCGGACCCCUCGAGAAAGAUGCUGGUGAUACCCUUGUCGCAAAUGGCGUCUUAGUCAUAUGUCUCUAUGGACUUACCGAAUGUGGAGUCUCCGCAAUCUUGCCCAAGAGUAUUCCGAUGGGAGGGUGGGAGUGGAUCACGCCGGAGAGCAACGUCGAUGUUGUCUUUGUGCCGACCGAUGAGAAGGAUAUUUAUCGACUCUACAUCAAAGAAAGUCCACAUCACUCGCCUGCGGUCUUCAACGCUGAAAUCGAUGGAGUACGGGCUUUUGAUACGAAGGACCUGGUGCAGUUACAUCCUUCAAAUCGGAAACUGUUCAAGAUUUGUGGGCGUGCCGAUGACCAAAUCACACAUAGCACAGGGGAGAAAACAAACCCCGGCCCAAUAGAGGCUGGUUUAGUAGCAGACAAGCGCAUAACAGCAGCCUUGAUGUUUGGUCGGUCCAAAUUCCAACCAGGCAUCCUCAUCCUUCCUGCGCCAGAGGAGGCAUUUGACCCAAGCGAUACUACACGACUCGUGGAAUACAGGUCAAGGAUCUGGCACACUAUCAUAAAAGUUAACGAGCAAGCACCACAGCACUCUCGGAUUUACAAGGAGAUGAUUCUUGUCGCAAAGCCAUCGAAGCCUUUUGAAUUUACUGCAAAGGGAACUCUACGCCGGAAGGCCAUCUUGAAAGCAUACAAUCAAGAAAUAGAAGAUUUGUACAAGGCUAUCGACGAUGCAACACAGGCGGACGUUGUUAUUCCGCAGCUGUGGACUCUUAGAAAUGUCAUGGCCAUGAUAAGGGGCAUUGUCACAGCUGCUUUGGAGCGGAAAAUAGGCGACUCAGACGAUAUAUUUGUCGCUGGGGGUGAUAGCUUAACAGCAAUGUCAAUCCGAAACUCUGUUCUUCAUGCGCUUCGCAAGUCAAUAGUUCCUGUGGCCGUCGUCAGAGCUCUUCCACCUAACUUCGUCUUUGAUCUUCCUUUCAUUGCUGCUAUGAGCGCCCUCGUCCACGGAAUCAUAUUGGGUGCACAUGCUUCGCCUGUGGCUGGGCUAUCUACUAAAGGUGACGAGGCUGACGAAGCAGUAUAUCCCGAAGUCAAUUUUGUCUCUGAUCGGAACAUAGUCAAGUUACGGGACGGUGCAGGCGAACCACCCUUGAUCGUAAUCCACGGUGCAGGAGGAGCAUAUUUCGCAUAUGCAUCCUAUGCCAACAAAUUCAGGACUGCAGUUUGGGCUUUGACUGUUGCACCCGACACUCCUUUGAAUUCACUGUCCGAGCUGGCGUCUUUCUAUUUUGCGAAGAUCAAAGCAGAAAGACCCCACGGUCCCUACCGCUUUGCAUCCUACUCAUCGUCCAGCCUCCUCCUUGUCGUCCUUGUGAAACUCUUUGAGGAUAAUGGAGAUGAAGUUGCUCAGGCUGUCAUGCUCGAUCACUUUCCAGCGCUGUUUGUGUACUCAGCCAACAGGUUUGGGAACCCAGACCCACGGGUCCUGGAGAAUAUUCAGAACAUGCUCGACAUGAGCAUGGAUAGAAUUGCAGGGCUGAUGGAUCGGGACUCCAACCGCGACGCGCUCCAGCGAACGAAGAACCUUCUUUUGGAUGGCUGGAAGGGCGUUUAUGCUAACGAUAUCAUACGGAACGCUAUCCGUAACAUGAAAGGAUUUCUUACUGCUAACGCCGAGUUUGUAUACGAUUUGGCCACGGACGAGACGGGCUUGUCUUCCAUUGAAUUGAUGGCGCAGUGGAUGAGGACCGUAAAAGUGCCGAUAACGGUGGUUGUCGCGCCUGAAGGAGCAUUGGGAGCCGUUCCCGAAGAAGAUAGAACAACGUGGGCCGAUUUGGGGACAAAGCGAUGCCUCCCUGAUGCACAGGUUGUUUUCAUUAAAGGAGGCCAUUACGAGUUCUUGACAGACGAAGUUGUUCUACAACUAUUGCAAGAGGGUUACUAA